AUGUCUUUAAAUCCUUUUUCUCUUCAAGACGAUUUCAGUUUGCUAACGGAUGGAACGUUUGGCGAAGAAGAUCGUACUUCAUCUCCAACCAAUAUACCAUCAGGUUUAAUGAAUACUAAUAAUCACUCGUUUAAUACACCUCUUGCAACAACACCAACCUCUUCCUCGACUACGGGAAAUAACAAUUCUUUUUUGUUUUCCAUGCCAUUCCCUUCAUCGGAUACCACAGUACAGGCUGAACAAGCUUCUACUCUUCUCUCUCGCAAUACAGUCGUUCAAAAGAAUAUUCUCAAAUUUCUUCCUCCAAUUAAAGCCUUGUUUUUGAUGAGAGCAAUCAAUUCUUCUUGGUACAAAAGUGUACAGAGUUUAAGAUCGGAUAUUUAUAAUGGCACUGUUGCUCUUUCAUUGCUUACAUUUUCCAAAUUUCCGGAUAUGGAUCGUGAUGAUGAAUAUUACAGAAAAAACAACAAGCCAGUCUUUCAGGAUGUAAAAACUAGAAUGAACAAAAAUUACCCAUUAACAUUACUUGAACAAUUUACUUCAACAUCACCCUCUUCAUCAGCCAUAAUCGGACCAAAAACGAUAAUUUCACAUCUUGAAUUAAUUGGCUUGUCAAUACCAGAAAUGGAGUAUAUUUUAAAGAGGCUUUCAUUAGUUGCCAGCACUAAUGCUUCACUUUCAUCAGCAGCUCAGCGUGACCCACUAAUGAGUCCGUCAGGACCAACCUCGCUUACAUUAGAAGCAGAAUUUUUCCCACCAACACCUGCUCCAACUAAAACCACGAUGCAAAAUUCAACAUUUCAAUCCAUCAAGAUUAUUUCUCUCACAGUGGGAUGGACCAACAAAAAAGCAGCGAAUAAUUUCUCAAUACCCAAACUACCUACAUUACAAAAGAGUACACCCCAAGUGUCAUUUUUCUCAUCACUCGAAGUUGGAAACAAUGUUUCGGAUGCGUAUUCUCAAUUUACCGAACCAUCUUCGCAAGGGAAAGAAGAAGACGAGGAAGAAGACAUGGAUGAUUUUAUUGAAUUCAAUGAUGACAAUCAAGAUUACACUGUCGAUGAAGAGGAAGAAGAAAAUGAUGACAAUGAAAUUGUUGAUGUUGAGAGUAAUGAUGUUGACGAAGAUAAACUCGCUUCCAUAACGGUUAAUUAUGAUUCACAUACACUCUCUAUAUUUCAACAAGUUGAAACCCUACUUGUUGUUGACUGUAUUAAUGAGCAUGAUUUAAUUGAUCUAGAAACUCUGGGAAAAAAUUGCAAUUUGGAAAAAAAUGCUUCUGUCGAUGAAGUUGAAUUGGAUUUAUCAAAUGUGAACAUUACUACGAAAAAUUAUAGACGAUUGUUAGAUUUUGUUUUUGCUGGUAAGACCCUGAAGAAGCUAGUUUUUUUAAGAAAUCCAUUCUUUUACUAUACCGAAGACUCAAAACAAGAUAUGGUUAAUUCGGAGCUCAAGCCAUACAUUAACUUUAUGACAAAUUUUAAAAAAGGUGGUUCAUUAAUCAAGUAUUGCAGAAAUAUGUUGGGCGAAGUUAUUGCAUCGGAGUAUCUAAUUGACACAAAAUUUUUGAAAGAAAAUUGGCAAGUUCUCUUGAAACCACUAUUUGAACAUGGAUUAUUGAAUUGGAAUGAUGAACUCUAUUCAUCUUCAAGCUGGAGAGCCAAUAUAGUACAAGUGGUUUUAAAAUCUGUGGUGACACAUAGAAUUGACGAUAAUACCUACAGUUCUGUUCUUUUACGAUCCGAGCUAAAACAAGAUUUUAAAUUGGCCUACGAAAAUUUCUUGCAAGAGGAAGAGGUUGUUCUUACUCUAGAUAUUCUUGAAACAAUGAACGAAACGUUUAAGGCUCUCGAUGGAACUUUGCUUCCUUUUGAUGCAAACCGUUUUUCAGGCCGUCAAUUUUUCUCUCCUCUAUGCUAUUGCCAAAUCAUUGACAAAUUCUUUAGUAAUAUUAUUAAUAACGUCAACAAGGACCAAAUUGGAGAUACACUUGUAAUUUGUUGGAGCGAACUGUUGCAGUGUGGAAGAAAAAGAAAUCUUAUUGAGCUUAGCAAUAAUGAAAAAGCUGAAACAACACCAAAAAAGAAAAAGAUUUUAUUGCAAUAA